GUUGGUGUGAUAAGAUAGUCGUCAGUAUAUGACAAGGAAUUCGUGAACAUCUAUCUCUCAUCUCACCGCUCUUGCAACAGGAACCAACCCAUCUCGGAUUGAAGGCGUCACCACCGGAUAUCUCUUCUUAUCAAGUUUGCUCUGUCUCUGGCCCGGACUUGUUCCGAACACCAUCACCAAUCUCGCAAAGAGCAAAAAGGUGCCGUUACAUCGCGCCCCUGAAAGUGGAGGUAAGGGAUACUCGACUGGUGAUUUGCCGGGGCCGCCAAGCAUCUUCUGAGCCCAAGCUUGUCCAGUUCCUGACUGGAUGGUGAACAUUUUUUUUCUUGGAAAAAGGGAAGAAACAAGUCUUCACAAGCCGCGAACAUGCGAACAGGAUACUAUUCUGGAGCUCGUGGAGGCGCCUUCAUAUGGUUCUCAACUUCCAUUCAGUUCGUUUCCGAGCGGGGCAACCAUCCUUCUUGCUUCGAGUUCCGGUAGUCAUCUUGCCCGCCGUCAAAGCGCAGGUUACUUUUUUGGUAACCGGGGUCUCCAUCCCGAAAGGAUCAAUGCGCCGCCGUGUUAAGAAGAGAUGUCAGCAAAAAAAAGGGAUGACUCCUUUCAACUGGAUCACUGGAUCACCCAUAAACAUAGACGACCAACGUCGUUGUGAUGUCGAUAAUUUGCGCCGCUCUGUCGCAUUCUCAUCCACCGCCGCAAACCGAUUGCAAUCAACAUCUCAAGCGAUUCUACCGUACCAUUCUCAUCUGAACCAUGGCAUUUCCGCAUUCGCUAGCUGGAUAGACUCAAAUCCCUCCCUGGAUAGACUAAACCCACUUUUAACGCUGAGUAAGCCCAGCCGCCCGCCCAGCCGCCCAGCCCAGCCCAGCACACCGUGUGCAACUGAGGCUACAUAAUCGAUGCCCGCGCAUCGCCAGAUUUACGUUGUUAGUGUUAU